CCCACUCUUCAUAUUCCUACCAUUCUGGAAAAAUGGGUUUGCAGAGAGGAAUGCCGUUGGCUCAACUUGGAGAGCCGUUCGGAAUCACACCAUCCUCCAUCGAGAAUGUAUCACCAGGCAUUGAUCAGUGCAAGGAUCACAGGAUGGAUGUCUCAAUGCGAUCGGAUCCAACGGAUUGUUCUAGUGACACCACCAACACCUUUCACAGCAGCAUCCACAUCAUUCAACCACCGCCAAAUAAUGGAUUUCGAUUGAUGAAUUGGAAGACCGAUUCAUCAUCAGAAACCGAAAUUGACAUUGGAGAUGUCCGAAAGUGUGGUGAGAAGGCCGAUCCUCGACAGUUUGAACUGCUCAAAGUCCUCGGCCAAGGAUCAUUUGGAAAGGUCUUUCUGGUGCGAAAAGUACGUGGACGAGAUUCAGGGCAUGUCUAUGCAAUGAAAGUUCUGAAAAAGGCUACGCUGAAAGUCCGUGAUCGUCAACGAACGAAGCUAGAACGGAACAUCCUGGCUCAUAUUUCGCAUCCGUUCAUCGUCAAACUGCAUUACGCUUUCCAAACUGAAGGAAAAUUAUACCUGAUUCUCGAUUUCCUGCGUGGUGGAGAUCUCUUCACUCGACUAUCGAAAGAGGUUAUGUUCACAGAGGAUGAUGUGAAGUUCUAUCUGGCAGAACUCACAUUGGCACUGGAACAUCUCCACAGUUUAGGAAUUGUCUACAGAGAUUUGAAACCAGAAAACAUUCUGCUCGAUGCUGAUGGUCACAUCAAAGUCACAGAUUUCGGGCUCAGCAAAGAAGCAAUCGAUAGUGAGAAGAAAACUUAUAGUUUCUGUGGAACAGUGGAAUAUAUGGCUCCAGAAGUUAUUAAUCGGCGUGGACAUUCAAUGGCUGCAGAUUUCUGGUCUUUAGGAGUGUUAAUGUUUGAGAUGCUCACAGGACACUUGCCAUUUCAAGGAAGAGAUCGAAAUGACACUAUGACGCAGAUUUUGAAAGCCAAACUCUCGAUGCCACACUUCUUGACACAAGAGGCUCAAUCUUUGCUUCGAGCUCUUUUUAAACGAAAUUCGCAAAACCGCCUCGGAGCGGGCCCCGAUGGCGUUGAAGAGAUCAAACGGCAUGCAUUUUUUGCUAAAAUUGAUUUUGUGAAGUUGCUCAACAAAGAGAUUGAUCCACCAUUCAAACCAGCACUCUCCACUGUCGAUAGCACUUCGUACUUUGAUCCAGAAUUCACGAAACGGACACCAAAAGAUUCUCCAGCUCUUCCUGCAUCUGCCAACGGCCACGAGAUAUUCAGAGGAUUUUCAUUUGUCUCAAAUGCAGUUAUGGAGGAGAGAAAGCUUAUCGCAAAGUCUGUCAGAUCUGUACCAACAGCAAAAACAAAUCCAUUCACUGAUGACUAUGAGAUUCUCGAGAAAAUUGGAAAUGGUGCACAUUCGGUGGUUCACAAGUGCCAAAUGAAGGCUACAAGAAGGAAAUAUGCUGUGAAGAUUGUCAAGAAAGCAGUGUUUGACGCAACAGAGGAAGUUGAUAUUCUUCUGAGACACUCUCACCAUCAAUUUGUUGUUAAAUUGUUCGACGUUUAUGAAGAUGAGACAGCGAUCUACAUGAUUGAAGAGUUGUGUGAAGGAGGAGAACUUUUGGACAAACUUGUGAACAAGAAGUCGUUGGGAAGCGAGAAGGAAGUUGCCGCUAUUAUGGCAAAUCUUUUGAACGCAGUUCAAUAUCUGCACUCCCAACAAGUUGCUCAUCGUGAUCUGACAGCUGCAAAUAUUCUUUUCGCUUUAAAGGACGGAGAUCCAAGUUCGUUGAGAAUUGUUGAUUUUGGGUUUGCCAAGCAAUCGAGAGCAGAAAAUGGAAUGCUCAUGACUCCAUGUUACACUGCUCAAUUUGUGGCUCCGGAAGUUCUUCGCAAACAAGGAUACGAUCGUUCUUGUGAUGUCUGGUCCCUUGGAGUUCUACUUCACACAAUGCUCACCGGCUGCACUCCGUUCGCGAUGGGUCCAAAUGAUACACCUGAUCAGAUAUUACAACGUGUUGGAGAUGGAAAGAUUUCAAUGACACAUCCAGUUUGGGACACAAUUUCCGAUGAAGCAAAGGAUCUUGUAAGAAAGAUGUUAGAUGUCGAUCCAAAUAGAAGAGUCACAGCAAAACAAGCAUUGCAACAUAAGUGGAUCGGACAAAAGGAAGCACUUCCGGAUCGGCCAAUUCAAUCAGAACAAGUUGGAGAGCUUGAUAUGCAAAAUGUCAAGGUUGCACUUGAGCAGACAUAUAAAGCAAUCGCAUCGGCUCCAAGUGUUCAACUUCGUCCAGUUGGAUCGUCUGCACUUGCGAAACGACGAAUGAAGGAGAUUCUUUACGCCAACUACACGAAGAAUGUGUCAGCAAAUGCAUGAACCGACCGAUCAAUGUCAAAUUCUUGCCAACCGCUCACCAAAAUGUACCGUCGAGACGACUUGUAAAUACAUCGAUUCAUUUUUACGCACGGAUUUUACUUUUUUCUUUUUUAAAUACUACUAACAUUUAUCCAAUUGUUUCAACAAAUGCUCCUCAUUGAAGCCCAAUCACCAAUUUAAAUAACUAUUUAUUGACUCCAUAAUUACAUUCAUUUCAUCCAAACAAUAACUAACUUUAUUUACUCAUCACACUCAUCCCUUCCAAAUCCUCUAUCGCCUAUGUUGUGAUUAAAAUUGCGCAUCCAAAAGAAUUUUCAGCCAAAUACGGGAUUUUCUGCAUUGAAUCAUUUAUUUCCUUCUAAUUCUUCAUUUAUUCAUAUUCUCUUAUAUGCAGAGAUAAGAUUUUGUGAAUGUUUUAAAUUUCUAAUGCUCCCUUUAAUUUGUUUUAAAUUGAGAAAAUCAAUAAAUUGCUUGUACAGUUCACAAU